AUGAAGGUUAGGAUCGAGAGCUCCAAGAUCGUCAAGCCGUCCUACGAGGACGGCAGCGAGGCGCCGGCGCAUGCGCGGUGGGUGACGCUCUCCGUGUUCGACAAGGUGACGUACGGGGAGCACGUCGCCAUCAUCUUCGCGUUCCGGCCGCCGAGCCCGCCCAACGGCGAGGUCGAGCUGGGCCUUGCCAAGGCGCUCACCUUGUACCGGGAGUGUGCAGGGAGGAUUGGGGAGGGGCCUGAUCGGCGCCGGUCGGUGCUGCUCAACGACGCCGGGGCGCGCUUCGUGGAGGCCACGGUGGACGCACCGCUGGCGGUGUCGCUGCCGUCCGGGCCGUCUCCGGAGGUGAGGCGGCUGCACCCGAGGAUCGACGACGGCCCAGUGGAGCUGGUGCAGGUGCAGCUGACUCGCUUCUCCUGCGGGUCGCUGGUAGUGGGUUUCGCGGGGCAUCACCAGAUCGCCGACGGGCAGGCCACGGCCAACUUCCUCUCGGCGUGGGGCCUCGCUACGCGGCGGCUGCCGAUGUCGCCGGCCCCGGUCUUCGACCGCGGCACCCGGUUUGUGCCGCGCGAGCCGCCGCUCGUGGAGUUCCCGCACCGGCAGGUGGAGUACAGGGCCAAGAAGCGCAACGUGGUGGACGAGGAGGAGGUGGAGUUGGGCGUGGCGGGGCACGACAAGGUGAAGGUGCACAGGAUGUACCUGAGCAAGGAGUUCGUGGCUCGUGUCAAGGCCCGGGCGUCGUCGGGCCUCCCGCCCUCGCGGCGCGGCUACACCACGUUCCAGAGCGUGGCCGCGCACCUCUGGCGCGCGAUCACCGCGGCGCGCGGCUUGGGCGCCGGCGUGUCAACUCAGGUCCGCAUCUCGGUGAACGGCCGGACGCGCAUGCGCCCGCCGGUCCCGCGCGAUUACUUCGGCAACGUGGUCCUCUGGGCAUUCCCGCGCUGCGACGCCGGUGACCUCGUGUCCCGGCCGGUGGGCCACGCGGCGGAGCUAAUCUACCGCGCCAUCGCCGACGUGGACGAUGCCUACUUCCGCUCCUUCGUGGACCUGGCCUCCUCCGGCGUCGUGGAGGCCGAGGGGCUCGUCCCGACGGCGGACAGCGAGCAGGCGGUGCUGUGCCCGGACCUGGAGGUGGAUGCAUGGCUGGGGAUCAACUUCCACGACCUGGACUUCGGCGGCGGCGGUCCCUUCCGCGUCAUGCCUACGUACUACCCCAUGGAGGGCAGCCUGUUCCUGGUGCCGUCCACCCUAGACGACGGCAGCAUGGAGGCCUACGUGGCCCUUUUUGACGACCACCUCGAGGAGCUCAAGAGGAUAUGCCACAAGAUCACCUAG